AUGGAUAUCGUUGGACCCAUUACCCCAACAUCAGCAAAUGGCCAUUUAUAUAUAUUGGCAUCUCCUGAUUACUUCUCUAAGUGGGCUGAAGCUGUCUCACUACGAAGAGUCACUAGCAAGAUAGUGGCUGAUUUUGUUCGUCACCAUAUUGUGUAUCAAUUUGGGGUACCGAAAAGGAUUAUUUCCAACAGCAGCUCUCCGUUUAAGAAUGAUCACAUUGGCCAAUUGACCAGUCAAUUUAAUAUCGACUGGAGGUAUCCUUCCAUAUACAAUCCCAGGGAAAAUGGACAAGCCAAAGCCUUUAACAAAAGCCUUUACAAGGUUACCGACCAGCUUCAUCGAUCGGAUAAGGUAACAUCUAUAGCCUCCAUUGCUGAAGAGGGCCUUGCAAAGAUGAUGGCAGACAUGGAGACAACCAAGCAGCGUGUGAGAAAGAAGACCCGAAGGUUGGAGAAACUCCUGCAUAUCUUCAAGAGCUUUUGA